CGAUGGACGUUCCCGAAUUUCCGGAUUGGUUUUCUGUAGAAGAUGAUAGAUUAAAUGCAUCUUUAGUACCUAUCAAACACUCAGACGGCUCAUUUGGGGACUGGCAUUGGGACAAUUUUAACAAAGAAAUCACAUUUUUAGUAAAUAGUCGUACGUCGUCUGGUUCCAACACUGGCUUGAAUACCAAAGAUGUGUUAAUCAACUUCCGGAUAUAUAAGUGUUUCUAUAAAGACUGUAAGCUUCCCCCGGAUCCUAAUAAAACGCCACCGUUACAAUUUUCACCGCCAGUUUUCUUUUACUGGCAUGACUGGAGAAUAUGGAAGCUAGAACUAGACGGGUAUAUGACCAACAGUGCCAAAAAUGGCACGAGAGUGCCGAAGGAUUUUGAACACGUUAAAAUUUUACCAAAUACUUGGGUAAAAGUAAACUUAACAGACAUUUGCAGACUUAAAACAUUGCUUUUGUUUGGCGGCCUUGAAUUUAUAAAUUCUCCGGAAGCAGUUUAUACAAUUGAAGUUGAAGUUAUAAUCAUAAAAGGAGGAGGAAUGUUAGUCAUAGGAUGGCCUAGAGAUCCGUUUCUUGGACAUGCUAGUAUCUUUCUUUAUGAAAACAAUUUACCAUCACCCUUUAUUCCGGGAACUGGAGCAAAUCUAGAAAGGAAAUGUAUUGGUGUUUUUGGAGGAUUGCAACUUAUCGGGAAAAGUAAAGGAUUGUCUUGGACGUACUUAAAUAGAACUGUAUAUCCAGGGACGAAAAAAUUGUUUUUUUCAGAAAACAAAUGCAAUGGGCAAAAGGGGGAUGAAAUUUUUCAUAAAAAUCCCAAACCCCGGCCGUCUUCAGUAAAUAAUUGUUCAUUUCACAGUGGUUUAGGCACAGCUGUGGGUGUGAUCGGUAUCAAUAAUAUCAGCGUAACCAAUAACGUAUUAUAUAACAACAAAGGGAAAGGAAUACUUUCGGCAUCUACUAAUACUAAAAUUGUACACAACCUUGUUGUCAAAACAACAUACAUUGGGAUUGAAGCAAUCCAUGCAGAGAAUCUUACUCUAAAAAAUAACCUUGUUUCAUCCUCGGAACGUAUUGGCUAUCAAGUACCGCCUCUAGAAUGCAAGGAAACUAAAGAUAUGUAUGCGAACAACAAAAUAUACUCAAACUAUCAAGGGGCUGUAAUUUCUCCAAGAUUUUAUAGGCAAUCAGAGUGUAAUAAAGUAACUGGCUUUUUGGGCUGGAAAAAUUCAAAUUUUGGACUUAUGUUUGAUGGCAACACUAAUGCAGUCUUUCAACAAAACAUUCUAAUUGAAAACCAAAUAGGUAUAACUGCAAAACUUGCUAGACAUCAACCAAUCUGUGACGUGUUUCUAAAUAUUUCUGUUACUGUUAGGAACACGACAUUUGUAGGACAGACUUCAUCUUUUGACUGUGGGGAUAUGGUAUGGGUUCGAUUAAAUGGACUAGCCAAGUCUGUAAGUGGGAUGUCUGGAAUUGUGUUUCCAGAGUAUACGUCUGCUGUUGGAUUGACUAAAAUGGAAAAUGUAACGUUUGCUAAAUAUAACCAUUCCAUUUGCCAGAAGAAUUACGCUUUAAGAACGAAUCUUGGUAUAAAUGAGCUUCAACGUCCAAUUUAUUCUGAAAGAAUAAAAUUGUUCGAUGUAGAUCAUGCAAACAAGGUCUUCUUCCAAAGAACUGAAAGGCUUGUUUCAUACAACUGCUAUUCAAUUGACUGUGAUGUCUUUCGGUUGGCGUUUCUGAAAGACCUAGAUGGAACGUUUCUUGGACAUAAUGGAACUGUCAUUCCAAAAUCAGAGUACAAAGACAUUGAUUACAACAACAAAAUUCCAAGAGAAAUGAUAACGAUGAUAAAUGGGACAAGGAUACCUUUAGAAGACAUAGCUCCUAACAAAGGUGUUGUAAGAAACAGCAAUUGCAGUUACCGUUUCUAUUGGCAAGCAUACGAGUGCAAUGAUGACAUGGGCUAUACUAUGCUUCUUAUAAAAAAUAUGGACAAAAAUGCAAAGUAUCGUCAAAUUUCACCAUUAGCUUUAUUAAGCGAAGGAUUUCUAGAUCUGUUAGACGUUCCCUUAGACAAUGGCCACUGUUCUCAACAUAUAUGCAGAAGGAAGAACAAUUUAUUUAACAUUCUUGUAGCAACAGGCAAAUCAUACUUGUUGCAUUUCACAAGAACAACACCUAGACACAUACAUUACCAACUUAUGAACGUCAGUCCAAAUGAAGGAAUAAAGCUAACAGUCUGGUAUUCCCAACCAAAUAGACUUGAUGUAUUUGUCAAUGGAAGGUUCAAGAUUUCUACCAAUGCACGUAUUGAUGACAGGGGCAGAUAUAUAAUAUCGAUGCCGCAAGGAGACGAAUUCGAGCCCUAUCUAGAAGAUAAAAGUGGGUCAAAUUAUUUUGAUAGAAAUCGCGGAGAGAUUACUCUAAUAGUGAAAGGCCAAGAAGAUAUUGAUGUCGUUUCACAGGAAACAAUCAUCGUGUCAUUUGGAUUACCCGCAUUAACGAGCACAGAACUGUUCGGUGAAAAUAUUGUUGAAUAUUUGGCAGCAUUCCUAGACAUUCCUUUAACUAAGAUACGAGUAGUCAAUAUAGUCAGGGAAUCUGGAAAUAAAAGAAGAAAGAGAUCUGAAAACGAUGGAAGUAUUAUAAUAGAAAUUGGAGAUGAACCUAAACUAGAACUAAAUUCGACCCUGGAUGAUUCGGUGAGCUACGCGACUCAAACCGAGCUUUUGUCGCUUAUAGUUAAUGAGUGUCAGCUAGGAAAUAUCUCUAAUAUUCUGAAAGGAAACGUUGAAUGCGGGAAAAUAGAAUUAUCUUCACAUGACUAUGAAAUUGGCUCUUUUGUCUAUAGUAGUCAAAGCCCGAGUUAUCUUUAUUCCUACGAUGAGCCAGAAUCAGAAUAUGAGGGUGUUUUGUUGAAAACGCAGCCAAAGAUAAGAGCAAUAGACAUUAAUGGUUUAAAUGUAACUGAUCUCGGAACGUUGGAAUACCCCUGGCAAAUGACUGUUGCAAUAAAGAAAGGUUCUGGAAAUGACUUGGCGGUUCUAAGUGGCGCGCUAACCGUCAAUUGUUCUCAAGGGUGGUUCAAUUUUACUGAUCUUGCCAUAUCACACAGUGGACAAAACUACACUCUUGAAUUUAGAGUGGUCUAUCCAGAACAAGCGAAACGUUUCUCUCUGGAAUCAAGGUCAUUUAAUGUUACAGGAAGGCCACUGAAAAUACAUGUCUACAAUCAAAAUCAAUCAUCAGAUGAAAUAUAUGCAUAUGAUCAGUUUGACAUUAUACUUGGACUUGUUGAUUUCAACACAAAUGACGAUAUUACUAAUAUCACUUGGAGGGGUCAUACUUGGACGUGUGAAGUCGAUAUGAUACGACCAUCGGUGUACGCAGACCUAACAGGAAUUCUUAAUACGCCAUUUGAUGUCGGAACUGGCAGAGCGUCAUUCUAUAAUCUGUCUGUAACAGGGUACGGUCUGUAUUUUCUACAGAUCACGGUUGUAUCUAAUCCACAAGAAUAUAUCCUGACAUAUAAUUGGAGAGUACAGAUAAAGGAUCCUAGACACGUCAAUAUGACUGUGGAAGAAACUUCACUGGUCCAAAUAAAAUUUGAUGCCACUUUCAACGACGUCUUUAAUACAACGGACGAAGUUGAUGCAUUUGUACAGACGUUCCUUACAGAGUACGGACACGUUUAUCACCAAGUUUCAAUCGUAGAAGGAAUUGCGUUUGAAGGUAGUAUUGGUGUUGAGUUUGUCAUUGCUGGCUCAAAAGAAAACGUAAAAUUCAUGCUUUCCGACCUUUGUGAGGAGAUAAAAAACGGGACGCUGUUCCACUAUGACGGCCAUAAUUUGACAUUAUUACCGUUUAUGACAGUGAACAGUAGGACGUUUUAUGGAGUAGAAUGUGGCGAUAAACCAAGUAGCGAAAGAAAUAUGAUCCAAUUAUGGCUUUUCAUCAUCGCCGGUUCAACACUGGGUUUGAUUAUAGCAAUUAUUGUCGUGACAUGUGUCAUUUGUAAAUGCUAUUUGAAACCAAAUAGGACAAAAAUUCAAGUAAUGAAUUCAAAUCGCAAGAUAAAAGAACUGUUAUCGGCUGGAGAUCUUAUCGGAGACAAAAAUACGUUUUGUAGAGAAAAUCUUAAAUCAAAUGCUGCAGAAGUCGAAAGUCAAAAGCAACCUGAACGUGAGCUUUCUGAUUUCUCUCUUAAUAUUGUUAACUUCGGAGAACAAUAAAUGGUUGUUACUGGUUUCAAAGAAAGAUGUUGGAAAAGUUUGACCAUGCACGGAAAUUAUAAACAUUUAUAAAAAUUACGUAUAAAAAGCACGACAUAAAAUUAGACGUUUAUCUAUAUGUGAAGCAAAUAUUUAUUUGUUAGUAUAUUGUAUUUACUUAUUUUACCUUUUAUAUUAUGUUUUUUUUUCUUUGUUGAUUCAGUGUUUUUUUUUCAUUUGAGAGCAAUCACAACAAGGGUGUUUAUAUUUCGCCUGCUUUAAUGCACUGUUUUAUAAAGUUAAUCCUAUUAAUUAGAAUGUUACCCUUUCCUUUUGUUAAGUUUAUAUCAAAGAUGCUGUGAUAUAAUGUUCCUUUCCCUUUUUAUGUUAUUUAUUUAUAUGUGUAUCCUUAUUUCUUUUUUAAGUAUUACUAAAGUUUAGUUCAACGACGACGAUCAGAAUUCGUCUGAAUUUAUUUGACUUUGCUUUUUUGAAAUUUACAAGCAACGACGGUGAAAUGGUAUUACCUGACUUAAGCUAAUUUUGUAUGAUUGAAAUGUGGUGAAAAGGUUUUAUUAUAUUUAAUUAUACAUUUUUUAUAGUCCAUUUACUAAGCAAUAUAUCUAAAUUAUUUCAAACACGAGAUUAGACGCAAAUACGUACAUACUUAAAACAAAAAUUAGAGGAUGAAAUUAAAGAUUAAAAAAUGUGUAUACAAUUUCCAGAUACGAAAAUUAUGAUUUUUUUUUAAGAUUUAGACAUUAUGUGUACGUGUAAUAUAUUUUCAUUACUUUAGGCAUUUUAUUAUUUUUUGUUGACAUGUACGAACUUAAUAUAUUUUCAUUGGACCUUCUAGUUAUAACUAAUGCCCGUGCAGCAUUUGCGUCUGCAGUUUAAAUGGAUUCAGGUUUUAUAUAAGCAAAUAAUUACUAAGAAGGAAUUAAGACACAUGGCGUGAAAAAGCAGCACGUUUUAUUGAAAUGAUAAUAAUAAUAAUAAUA